ACCCCUCUUUGUAGCAAGGAAAAAGGGGGAAGUAAAACGAUGGGAUCGGAGCCGCCGCCGUCGCAACCGCCGGAAUGGGCGUCAGAGCCCUGCAUAAUGGGAAUUGAUGAAGCUGGCCGUGGCCCUGUGUUAGGUCCAAUGGUGUAUGGAUGCUUGUAUUGUGCGCUCUCUUAUCAGAAAACACUCUCCACCUUAAGUUUUGCAGACUCGAAAACUUUAAAAGUAGAGAAGAGGGAAGAGUUAUUUGAGAGUUUGAAGGCUGAUGAAUCAAUUGGAUGGGCUGUUGAUGUCAUAGACCCAAGAGAGUUGUCAGACAAAAUGUUACGAAAGAAUAAGAUAAAUCUUAACGAAAUUUCACAUGAAUCUGCAAUGGGACUCAUCAGGAAGACAUUGAACCUUGGUGUUCUGUUAACUGAGGUUUAUUUGGAUACUGUUGGAGAUACAGAAAAGUACAGAGUAAAGCUUUCCGAAAGAUUUCCCAAUAUCAAAUUUGUGGUUUCUAAGAAAGCUGACAGCCUUUAUCCUGUUGUGAGUGGUGCGAGUAUUGUUGCAAAGGUGACGAGAGACAGAGCUUUGCGGGACUGGAUGCCAGAUGAAACUGCAGACCUCAGUAGGAAUUUCGGGUCUGGUUACCCUGGAGACCCACAGACCAAGGCCUGGCUGGAUGAUCACAAGCACUCAGUCUUCGGGUUCCCAUCAUUAGUUCGCUUCAGUUGGGGAACCUGCACGUCAUAUUCCAAAGAUUUUGUCGACGUGCUAUGGGAGUCUGAUGCUGCUGAUGGGGACGAAAGCGGAAAGUCUAGCAAACGGCAGAAGAAACUAACGAGCGCUGGUUUCACAACGGUAAAGAAAAGAAGCGAAGACAUUGAAUCGAGUGGGAAAGGUCGUUGCAAAUUUUUUCAAGCUCGCAAACUCGAGCUACUUAGCCAGUUUUAGAGGUAUGUUUGUUAUUUUUAUUUGUGACCAUUCACAUUGAGAUUGAGUAGCAAUUACUCUUCUCCAGCAGAUGCUGUAACAUUUCUUUGUAACUCGGAAUGAAUUCAUAUUAUUCACAUGUUCUGUGUUGAAAUGAAUGAUAUAGUUCGGUUAA